UGUUAACCAUGUCGUUAACCCGAAAACGUUGAGCCCACAGCAUCUCGGUCUGGGUGGGCGUGGCUCUGAGUGAGGAGCGGUCUCAUCCAAGACCUAGGUCAGUCUGAGAAACAGACGGCGUGAGAGUGGGAGCGCUGCGCGGUGGAUGAUAAUGACCCACACAUCUUUAGAUUUUUAACAAAAGAAGAACGCAAGAUGCGGGCUUUUACUUUUACUCUGUUGGUAUUUUUCAGCUCGUGCGUUACAGGGGAGGAACUGUCCGGUUCAGAAUUUGGAGACGAUUAUUUUUCGGAUUUAUCUGAUUUCGAUUUUGGCAUUUCUCCACGGAGGGUCCCAAGGCAGGUGAAAGACAUCAUUGCAAGGGAAAGCAAACCGCACAUCCAGGAGCUGUCCAUCAAGACCACCAUCAUCUCCCGCUACGCCUUCACCGCGGUGCACAGCACCAUGCUCAACAGACACUCGGCCGCCGCCGAGGGCGUGUUCCAGUUCCCCGUUCCCGCCGAUGCCUACGUCACCAACUUCACCAUGAUCGUCGGCGGCCGAGUGUACCAGAGUGAGAUCAAGCCCCGGGAGAAGAAGAAGGUCAGACAGGAUACGGAGGGCGCCGGCACGGCCAAGCCCAAAGACGGGAGCCCCCCCGCAGACGGCUCCACGGAGACGGAGACGUUCCGCAUGGCGGCCGUCAUCCCCGGCCGCAACCGGGCGGUGUUCCUGCUGACGUACGAGCAACUGCUGCGGCGCCGGCUGGGCCGCUACGAGCACGUCACCAGCCUGCGGCCGCUGCAGCUCAUCAGCCGCCUCUCGCUGGACGUCAUCAUCGUGGACCACGCCCCCAUCUCCCAGCUGGAGGUCCUGCCGCUGCGCAACGGGGGAGGCCGGGCGGGGUCCGGCACCAGCCUGUCCAAGGGCAAGACUGAUCUGCCCAUCACCACGGUGAUCAAGCAGAACAAGAACUUCUGCCAGGUCAGCUUCAGCCCCAACAUCGUCCAGCAGGCCAAGAUUGCCACCAGCGGUAACCUCGGCGACUUUGUGGUCCGCUACGACGUGGAGAGAGAGCUGGGCAUCGGAGACAUACAGGUUAUGAACGGCCACUUCGUCCACUACUUUGCCCCCAAAGACCUGCCGGUGGUCCCCAAGAACGUGGUGUUCGUGAUCGACACCAGCGCCUCUAUGCUGGGCACCAAGAUCAGACAGACCAAGGACGCCCUGUUCACCAUCCUGAAGGACCUGCGCCCCGACGACCGCUUCAACUUCGUCAGCUUCUCCAACAAGGUGAAGGUGUGGCAGCCGGGCCGCCUGGUGCCCGUCACGCCCCUCAACGUCAGGGACGCCAAGAAGUUCAUCUACACGCUGGCGCCCAGCGGCGGGACCAACAUCGACGAGGCCAUGCAGACGGGCUCGGUGCUGCUCCGGGACUUCCUGGCGGGCCCAGACGCCAGCCAGAAUAGCGUGUCGCUGGUCAUCUUCCUGACGGACGGGCGGCCCACGGUGGGCGUGGUCAAGUCCAACGCCAUCCUGGGCAACGCGCGCCAGGCGGUGCAGGAGAAGUUCUGCGUGUUCACCAUCGGCCUGGGCAACGACGUGGACUACCGGCUGCUGGAGCGCAUGGCGCUGGAGAACUGCGGCAUGAUGCGGCGCAUCGCCGAGGACGCCGACGCCAGCGCCAUGCUCAAAGGCUUCUACGACGAGAUCGGCACGCCGCUGCUGUCGGACAUCCGGAUCAACUACCCGGAGGACUCGGUGCAGUACGUCACCCAGAGCCUCUUCACCAACUACUUCAACGGCUCCGAGAUCGUGGUGGCCGGCCGGCUGACCGACCGCGACGCGGGGUCCCUCCACGUGCAGGUGACGGCCAGCAGCAGCGACAAGACCAUCGUCCUGGAGACGGACGUGCCGCUGCGCCAGCGGCAGGAGGAGACGAAGCGCCACGUGAAGGCAGCGGUGGCGGCGGCGGCCGAGCGCGCCCGGGCGGCGGCGGCGAGGAGCCAAGGGCCGUCUUCGGCGAGGCCGGUGGGAGGGGCUCCGCCGCCGGCGUCGAGGCCGGUGGGAGGUGCUCCGCCGCCGGCGUCGAGGCCGAUGGGAGGUACUCCGCCGCCGGCGUCGAGGCCGGUGGGAGGGGCUUCGUCGCCGCCGCCAUCGUCGUCAGGGGCGUCGACACCGCUGGAGGGGGCGCCGCCCACGCCGGAGGAGGACUUUGUGGAGCGGCUGUGGGGCUUCCUGAGCAUCAAGGAGGGGCUGCGGUCGCGGCUGCGCAGCCAGACCAGCGGCGAGCGGGAGGGUCUCACACGGCACGCCACCGACCUCUCGCUGGCCUACAACUUCCUCACGCCGCUCACCAACCUGAACGUGGAGCGGCCCCAGGUGAUGGCCAACGGCUCCAUGGCCCCGCCGCCGCCCCCCACCGCCGCCCCCUCCUCCUCCAGGAGCCAGGGGCCCGGAGGACCGGCCAAUGAGCUGGCGGAGGAGGAGGAGGAGGAGGAGGUGGAGGAAGACCGGGCCCGGGUCGGCAACAGGAAGCCGGCCAGGAGCCAGGGUGCGGCUUCUGGGAACGCCAUAGGUGGUGUCGUGAGGAGACCGGCCAGGAAAUCCGUCACCUUCACCAAAACAUCAGCCGACGGGGACCCCCACUUUGUGGUGGAGUUCCCCCAGAGUAAACUCACCGUGUGCUUCAACAUCAACGGAGAGCCCGGGCACGUCCUGCGCCUUGUCUCCGAUCACAAGCACUCAGGGGUGACGGUGAACGGCAAGCUCAUCGGCGCUCCGGCGCCGCCGGGCAGCCACAAGCAGCAGCGCACCUACUUCAGCACCAUCACUGUGGUGGUGGACCGCCCGGGGCGCCGCGCCUACAUCGAGGUCACCCCCAAGAAGGUGAUCCUGGACGGGCACGACCGGCUGGUGCUGCCCUGCGACGCCACGGUGGCCGUGCAGAGCGGCGAGGUGGCGGUGGCGGUGGCGGCGGGCGCCAACGUGACCGUGACGUUGGGCGGGACGGUGGCCUUCGUGAUCCUGCUGCACCGCUACAAGAACCCCGCGCCGUACCAGAGGGAUCACGUGGGGUUCUACAUCUCCAACAGCAAGGGCUUGUCCCGGGACUGCCACGGCCUGCUGGGUCAGUUCCUGCACCAGGACGUGGGGCUGGGAGAGAUGCUGACCGACGGCUCGCCCGAGGACGGGGCGAGGAAGACUCCGGUGCUGAAGGUGAAGCGGCGCUCGGUGCCGGUGGUGAAGAAGACCCGGCGCAUCUACAGCGGCGCGCAGAGCGUGGACUGCUGGUUCGCCCGGAACAACGCGGCCAAGCUCAUCGACGGGCGCUACGAGGACUAUGUGGUGCCACACAUGUUUGAGACGGCUGAGUGGAGAGAGGGGAGCAACGUGUGAGCGGCCUGAGGCGAUCAGCAUUAUCGCGAUCUUUAAUUGUAAAUACCUCGCUUUGUCCGACGAAAACCGCACCCUCCUACUUGUUGCACUUAAACCUGCGAUUUUUAAAAAAUAAUAAUUUAAAGGCAAUGACUUUCCAGUCGGGACUUCAUUGCACCGUUGCGUCGUUGAUUUUUGUAAAUGUAGGCUACCACGUAGGGCCUACGACAUCCGAGUUUUCUCCCACGCACCCGAGACUCUGCUACCUGUACUCCUUUUUGUUUCUAAUUCAAAAGUAUGUUUUUGUUUGAGUAUUUUGUGAGCAUUUUUUUUAUUGUGAAUACAUUUUUUAAUGAAGUGUAAAAUAAUAAUAAAU